CCCCCCUCCUCGAUGGACGCCGCCACCCCAUCCAAGAAGCCCCGCACGGCGGCCGCCAGCGCCAGUUCGCCGUGGAAGGUCAAGACGUCCGUCCCCUCCUCGGCCGGCCAGUUCGCCACGCCGGAGAAGAUGAAGAAGGUGGCCGCGGCCGCGUCGGAUCUGGCCACGCCGGAGAAGACGGAGCCGCGGCCGCUGCUGCGUAGGGGCCGCAGCGGCGGCGCCGUCGCGCUGUCCGUCAAGGAGGUCCGGCGGGCGGCGCUCGAGCUGCACCGCGCCGGCAGGGGCCCCGCGGCGGAGGCUGAUGCCGGGGUGGACGCGCUCGAGUCUGUUGAGAGGGAGCUCGGCGUGGGCGCCGGCGCCGGCCGCAGCCCCGUCAAGCGCAGGCCCGAGGUCAAGCUGCCGGAGAGCUAUGAGAUUCUCUGCGAGUUCUUCAACUGCUUCGAGAGCUCCACCCGUCUGCUCCGCAUGAAGGGAUCCAAGGCAACAUUCCCCAACAUCUGUGCUAGCAUUCAGAACUUGGCUGAGAGGAGGUUUACCUAUGGCCAUCUCGCACAGCUCAAGUACAUUAUGCCCGAGGCUAUUGUCAUCAACAAGAUCCUUUUGCGUGACGACAAGACCUGCUGCAUGAAGCCGGAUCUUCAGGUGAACCUAUUGGUUGAUUCAGUUGAGGACAGUGCGAUGCAGAAGGGGGAAACCCGCUACUCUGCUUUGAGAAGGAUGUUCAGGCAGAGGCUCGUGGACUUCUUCAGGAAACAUCCUGAGGGAGAUGACAUCCCGGAGCAUGAGCUGCCGUAUCCAUUUACUCAGACGAAAUCAAGUGUGGCUCAGAGCACACCAAGAGUUGUUACUGAAGUUGUAUUUGCUGCGCCAUCACCAAGUCUGGCUGAACAGCCGGCUGUUGCGCUGUCGCACAUGUCCCAGUCUUUCAAGAGAAGGUUCUCACAGAGAUCUUCAACCUGCCCUGCAACUGCCAGCACAACCGGUCUGCCGCCAAAGGCUGAGUCUACUGCUCCAUCUCCACUGAGCAGGAAGUCGAUGCUCGGUUCUACUUCUGGCGCCAUAGGCCAUGAGUCCCAAGUGCAAGAGAAAAGUAGCAAGGAUGUUGCACUCAAGUUUGGUGUUACAGAAGGGACUCCUGCCAAGUUUGCCUCUACUCCAGUGAGAUCAAUGGCAGCCACACCGAACCUUGAGACCCCAAAGAGGCCGAUCUCUGCUACUGUGUGCGACACACCACCUCUUCAAACGGUCAAGCGAUCAGCUAGAGCCAAGUUAUUCAUGACACCUAUGAAGGACUCGAGCAGUAUUGAAGAAGAGAACCAAAGCACAAGCACAUCUGAUGGUGAUGAUGAGUUGAUCAGUUUCCUUCCAAAGUCCCUCUUGCAAUCGGUGAAGAAGAAGGAGAAGAGAGCUUUGGAAGAAAAAGAAACAGGCUUUGCGGACCAGGUUCAGCGGCAGAAGCUCAUAUCAUGCCUGCCAAGCACCUUUGACAUUAUCUUCCUUAUCUAUCAGUCAAGGCAGCGAACUGUACUGACGAAGCAGGAGCUCAUUCACAAGAUAAUCGAAAGUAACCCGAAGGUCGUGGACAAGGGUGAAGUUGAGGAGCAAGUGAGGCUGCUGCUGGAGUUUGUUCCAGAGUGGAUCUCUGAGAAGGCUGCAAGAAACGGAGAUGUUCUCUGCUGCGUCAAUACGGCACUGAGCCAGUCUGAGGUUCGACAGAGGUUAUAUGGUGUCGAGUAGGGUGGCGCACAAUACUGCUUCACCUUGUUUAGAAAUGUAGCAGUAUAUCAGUGCAAGGUUGUGCCUAGAUGCUGGAAGAUACUUAGUUGUCGAAGUUGAUGCUCAAGUUCAGGCACUGCCCAGUUUAGGUUCAGUUAUCAGCGCCUCUGUUCAAGAUCAGACACAAAGUCAUUGACAUGUGUAGCUUAAGUAUUCUAAUAGCAGAUGAUGUUAGGCUGCCUAUUUCUUCCAUAAUGUGUAAAGUAUUCCGAGAUGUCUCUGGGAUGAAAUGGUUUUUGUUUCUUUA